CGCGGGCGGGAGCAAGGUUGCUAUGGAUACGGCGUGAGGACGCGGUCGAGAUCUGAACUGAACCGGGGGAGACUCCGAGCGCCCCAUGGGGCCGAAGCGGCCUAAGAGCGGAGGCAGCUCCCCCGGGGGCGCCGGACCCGCUGCCAAGAGCUGGGAGGCCGGGCUGGUGUCCGCCUGCCUGGAGGAGGAUAAUUGGAAGCCUAGCAUUGCUUUUGUUGUUGGGAACAAAAUUGAGGAUGAAGUCCACACACAAGCCUUGUCUCUUGCUGUGCAGGUGCCACAGCGGAAGCUCUUCAGCGACGUAUCAUGGGAAGGAAUUUUGGGACAGAUCAUGGAAGCUGGAAGUCAAAAGGGAAAAAAGGUUAAAGAGGUGCCUAUGUAUUAUGAGGUGAUAGAGGCAGCCAAAGCCAUUCUGGAUAGUGGAGAGCAGCUUCCUGUAACACUGGUUGGAAAACUAUUGAAAUUUCAGCUGCUUUGCAUCAAACAGAAGGACCUGCAGAGAAGAGCCGCUGAAAAGAAGGCAGCAGAAGAGCGAGAGAAGGAGAAAGAAAAAGACAAAGGGAAAGCUAAACCUCCUGGCAAGAAGGAAAAACCACCCAGUGCCAAAUCUGCAGGAAAAGGAGGGAAGGGAAAGAAAGCUGAAGCAGUACCAACAGCAACUACUAUUAAAAAGGACACCACACUAAAGCGACGGGGAGAAGAGGAGGAAGAUGACAAAUAUUUGGAUGAUGAACCAGAUGAUGGUGCCCAAUAUUACUUCAUAAUUUGGGGUUUCCACAACCCUCAGUUACUGCCUGUACUUUCUGAGCUUGGGGUCAGUAUCUCAAAUGUAAUUAAGAUUUCUUCUGAAAAUUACGAGCCAUUGCAGACAUACUUGGGAGCAGCUAAACUGCAAGAAGAAUCAUUACUUACGCCUGAAGUUGUAGAAGCUGAAAAAAGGAAGAAAGCUAAAGCCAUCAAAGAUUUGGAAACAUUCUGGAAAUACUUGGAGCCAAUUCUGAACAGUGGGAAACAUGGAUCAACUCUCUUUGAUGUUGCCAGACUUCAUCACAUAGUAAAGGAAAAUACAUUUCCCCCAGACUGGACUAAUAGUGACAUGAUGCUUGCAUUUGGAACUGUGCUAUUUGAAAGCAUUGCUUGUUUGAUGUAUGACUGUCUGGACUGGAAAAGACAACAUCAGCACUACUUGGAAAACACCAACUUUAUUAAUGUCCCUGUAAUAACAAAGAACAGACAGGCACAUCCAGCUUCUCCCAGUAUCCCUUCAAAGAAGAAAGUACAAACAGAAGAAAUUCUAGUACCAGCAAUUCUACCACAGGAGGAAGAAGUUUCUUUUCUGCCUCCUUAUGUGGACAUGAGGUAUUACAAUGAUUUGCUACAUCAGAUUCCUGAAGAAUUCAUUUCUGUUCCUUUAAUAAUGAACUGCAUGUUGGAACAGGUCAUUGCAACUGAAGAAGGUCUUACACCACCAAGUCUGGUGGUCCCAGAACCACGAGCAGAUGGGCUGGAUCAUAGCCUUGCAGAGCAUAUAGUCUCAAUCCUUCCCUCUCUUGCCCUCUCUGAGAGUGAAAAAAAGAAUCUCUACAACUCCUUUUUCCCUAAUGACAAUGAAGAAAAGACUGUGGUCCCCAAAUGGCCUCUUCUAUUAAACUAUAAUGAUAUUUUGUCUCAGAGGCUACACCUGCUAAAGGUCCAAGGGGGCUUAAACCCAAAAAAGAUUGAACAGGAUAUGAUGGACAAGCUGCCAUUGGUGGAACUUCUUCAGUUCCCCCUUCCUCCACCUGGAAACAACACUAAACGCUUGGCCAGAGUUCAUGAGCUCAUGCAUUAUUGCACCAGUGAACUCUUGAGUUGGGCUGAAGUAGAAAGAGCCUUCAAAGUGUUUACUUUUGAAAGCCUGCGGCUGACUGGGGUGGAUGAUUCUGGCCUCCUGGAGGGCUCAGGUUUGUUGCUUGGAGGUGAUUAUGAAGUAUCUUAUAUUCCAUGGGAUAAUCCGGCCAGAUUUGCAAGACAUCUGAGACAACUAUCGAUGGUGGAAAACCUGUUUGAUGAGAAAACUCCCAAUGGCUCAGUGCAUAUAGAAAAGAAUGACAAACGUGGAGGAGACGGUCUGGCUGAUCCUCUUGUAAACAAAGUUAAACAACAGAGGCAUGGGCCGGAGACAGAUUUAGUGGAAAUACAAAAGACUCAGCAGCGGCAUUUGACAGACUGGAGUUUUGCUGAACAUUAUGAGCCACGUCUUCUUCUUCAGGUUUUACACAGUGCAACCCAACAGUACAGGUGUAUUGAUUCCUAUUACCACACCCAAGAUAACUCUCUGCUUAUAGUCCUUCACAAUCCAAUGAAUCAACACCGUCAGUGCAAGGAAUCCUGGGAUAUUGCAAUGCACUCUGAUGUUGGAUUCAGAAACUAUCUGGAGCUGGUGGCCAACUCAAUUGAAGACUGGGUGACAAAGGAAGAAACCAAAUAUCAGGAAGAAAAAAUGGCUAAGGAACUGGAGACCCUUAAACUAGCUAAAGCCAUGACAGAGAGACCUUCUGACGAUAAACCCUGUGCCUCCACUAGCAAAAAAGCUGCAUCUCCUAAGAAAACAAAAAGCAGUACAUCAGGACUGGACGGUAAAGCAGAGGUCACACCGGAACUUCCAGAAAAAAAUCCUUUUGUCAGAGAAGGCUCCCUCAAGGCUUGGAAGGAAGAGCAUGAUCGACUACUAGAGGAAGAACAACUAAGGGAAGAAAAGAAAGCAGAGAAGAAAGAAAAGUCAGGUGAUAAAAAGAAAGGACAGAGCAAGGAGAUACCAGUGCCUGAUGACAGCAAGGGGUCCAAGACGAAAUCUUCCAAGGAGAAGUCUAAAGAUGAGACAGCAAAAAUCCCUGAACUUGAAGAGCGUAGUACCCCAGCACCACCCUCUGAGAAAGUUUAUGAGUUUCUUGGCUACAAUAUGGGGGAAGAUCUCAUUCAAGUCUCAGGGACCAGUCAAUAUCUUUUCCCCACUGAUGGAGGACAGAUCCAAGCAGAAAAGAUAAAAUUUGAAAAGGGGACAACUUUGGUAAAAAUGAAGGUGGUAAAGGAUCGCCACAGUUUCUUCAUUCAUAUCACAGACCCCAAGAAAAACUUGAUAGAAAGUGAAGGACAAGAAAUGAGCAAUUCCUUGGAAGGGCAGCAGAGUGAGACAGGAAAAUUAAUAAAUCAAAAGAAAGCUGUGAGCAAGUUUGGAUCUUUUUCAGCCACUUUGGAAAAUGGAAUCCAGCUAUCCUUGAGCUACUAUGGAGCUACAGGAAAAGCAGCAGAUGAUACAGACCCUAACUUAGCAACAAUUCUGAAUAUCCCCUCUGUACAUAUUCCAACUGUUGCUCCCACUCCUGUUGCUGCUUCCACUUCUUCAGGAAAAAGCAACAAGUCACUGAAACAAAAAUCAGCAAAAUCUCUGCAGUCUGCCAAAGGGAGCCAUGUCAAGUUAACCACUCCACCACUGGAAGAGUCUCCAAAGCAAGAAGAGAAAAAGGUAGAAAUAGAACCAUCAACACCUCAAACACAAGCGGUGCCAGAUGUCCCUGUUUUCCAGACUUUGAAUGCCUCCUGCCCCAACGGGCUGGUAUUAACUUUCCUUGGUCAAAAUUCUAUAGAUUUGAAAGCUGAGUCUAAGGAAGCUAAAGCCAAGGCAGAUGAAGCCAACAAAAAUGAAACCAAGGCAGAUGAGGCCAAGGAAGAUGAGGCCAAGGCAGAAAAAGCCAAGCGACCUACUCUGGAAAUCCUAGUUAGGCAGAGUUAUCCCCAAAGGGUGAAGCAUUCCCAUCUGUACAAAGCGGUGAAGAAACCAGUAGAACAGGAAGUGUCUAGAGUCAUUACCAGCCAAGGAACUGUCGUAAAGUACAUGAUUGAUGGAUCCACCCAGGUUCUUUUUCCUGAUGGCAUGGUGAUCAAGAGUCCCCAUUCAGUUCUAACAUCAUCACCUGCAGUUAGUACACAAUCAUCCAUUGUUGAGACUAGCCUACAGAGCCAACCAUUGCCAAAACUGGUGCCUUCUACUGACAUCAGCACCAAAAAAGGAAAGGGUGGCCACAAAGGUAGCACAGCACCAGCAGCCAAAUAUGAAUUGCCUGAAUCUGCUGUUCAGGAACCCCUGCCUACUCUGCUACAACCUGUAGACAACCAGUUAGGCACCUGGAUAACAACCACCCCAUCAGGCAUUCAAGUGGGCACUAAGGGAGCAAACAGAAUGGAUCUGAAGCCACUGUUAACUUAUCAGGCAACUGACCCAGUUAAUGGAAUGGUUAUGAUAAUGCGAGAAGACAAGGUGCUAAUGGUUCAGAAAAUGGAUGAUACCAAGAUAGUGGAUCAUGCUGAUGGUACUAGAAUCACCACAUUUUAUCAAGAUUAUGAGGAACCUUUUGUAUCUGAGGAUAAGGAAGAAAUAGGUGAAUCUCCCCAAACUAUCAGAAGGAAAGUAAAAUGCAUACGAGUGGAGAAUCCUGACUUUGCUACGGUUAUAACAAACUGUGAAGACAGCACGUGUUGUACCAUCUUUGGAGAUGGGACAUCUAUUAUAGCAAAGCCACUGGGAACAUAUCAGGUGUUACCCUCCAGUACCGGCUGCCUUUUCAUUGAUGAUGAUUGUUCAGCAGUUUAUUCCCAUGAGAUUUUCAAUAAAACUCAGCUUCUCUGCAAGCGUGAGGAGAAACAAGCAGGGAGAUACAUUAUGAAACACACCUCCAAUAUUAUCUGUGAGAUGCUGGAUCCUGAAGGAAAUCUUUUCAAGGUCAUGGCUGAUGGCAGCACAUCUGUGUUCAUUCCCAGCAUUGAUUCUGAUGGUGAGGAGGAUGGAUACUUAGUACCAAUACCAAAAGACGUUCAUACUCCUGUCACAUAUGGUGAACAUGCUCCCAGGUUCUUCAUUGUCUAUGCUGAUGGUUCAGGGACUGAACUCCUUCGGAACAGUGACAUAGAAGAAUACCUUGCUUUGGCGUAUGGGGAUCCAGCUACUGCAGUCUUGCAAGAGCCAGUACAAGAAUGUCCAGGUGUUCUAAGUAUUACUGUUCUCCGUCCACUGACUGAAACGUCUCCCUGGGUAAUGAAGAGAGAAUCAUCCAAUAUUGUUCCUCCGAGCCUCCAGUCCAGGAACUGGGAUACGUUUCCUCCAUUUGAGAGGAAGAUUCCAGGUCCACCAUUUGGCACACAUAUUUGGAAAGGUCUGUGCAUAGGAUCCAAAGAGCUGACUGGCUCUCCAGCGCCUGUACUAAAAUGCCCUAAUGUGCUACAAAUCCGUCAGCUGAUCCAGUAUGAACCAGUCAGUGAUGAGCUGAGACAGAAGCUACAGCUGUCCCUCAAGGAAUACAUAGAUUACAUCCUGAAGCAGGAAGAUGAGUUGCAAGAGAUGACCAUUAAAGAACCAAGAACAGAGGAAGAGAAGGGUAAUGCUGCUGACCUCCUCAAACUGGUUAUGUCUUUCCCUAACUUGGAGAAAUCAUCUGAAGAUCUCAACACUAAAGCUCAGAUAGUUGAGUUAUAUGAGCAGGCUGUGGAUUCUCAGCUCCAAAAUCCACCAAGGAAGACAAUGUCAAAGCAAACUGAAGACUACUGGCAGAGUUUCAGCAAGGACAGAUUAACCCAGAUAUCUCACUGGCAGACAAAAAUAGAGCAGUCCAGGCAGGAACUUGAUGAAGGAAGGAAGUGCCUAAUAGGAAUAAGAAACAGAAUAAUUCCACCCUAUUUUGAAUCUGAACUCGGCAAGGAAUUUCUCCUGAAAAAGAAAGAGAGAGAGAAGCCGUCUGUGGAGACAGUCACAGAAUUUCUUAGGAGUACGUCUGAGCUCAGUGCAGAAUCUACAGGUCUGUUUGUCCCAACCAGUGAUUCCCCACUCUCACUGAAUCCUCAGACACACAGUCCUUCAGCACAGACUGAAGUUUCCAACAGAGCAGAAGUGGGAAUGGCUGUGUGCACAUCUGGGAUACCCUUCCGGUCUCACACCCGGAGCUUGCUGGUGGAUGCUGCGGGGCAGCCAAGAAAAGAGAAGGUGAAAUUACCAUUAUCAGUCCAGGGGUGCAAGCCAGAAUCUGUACCCAAUAAAAAGGUAGAAGAUCCUGUUGGGGGAAAAGUCAACACAUCUUCUGUUGCAACAGCAACUAAGCAUCUUUGUGGAUUCCAUCUCAUCCCACCUAAAGUGAUAUUUGGGGUGCUGAAGGAGGGUUAUACUUAUGCCGCCACAGCCACUCUGAAAAAUGUUGGAGUGGAUUUCAUAAGGUUUCGGGUGAAGCAGCCACCGCCCAGCACAGGGCUGAGAGUGAUUUACACACCAGGGCCUGUGGCAGCCGGAUUGCAGGCUGAACUGGAGAUCGAGAUUUAUGCCAUGGCAAUUGGAGUGGAAGGUACCGAGGGCUCUGGAGAAAUUUCCCACCGUAUUGAAAUUUUAACAGAGAGGGAGACGCUGUUCCUGCCUGUGGAGGCAACAGUGUUAACAGGUGAUAUUUAUGAGCGCAGGCCACAGGGCUACCCUGAGGGGGGCCAGGCAGCUACGGUCCGGCUGGUUUCUACAAGUCCCACCCCCAGGUUCAGGAUUAUACUACCCCACAAACUUCCUGGAUAACGUAAGUGCCGCCGAUGAAUCAUUGCAACUUCGAGUAUUAGCUGAGCCUUAUCUUGGCUACUCAUCUACCCCAGGAUCAAGUCCUGCACCACCGACAGCAGGAGCCAGACACAGCUGAGUGUUCAUGUAUUAAAGAGAAGCGGUUGGAUGAUGGUAAUGAAAGACUUAGCUGCUACAAGUUUUCCCAAUUACUCAGUCCCAAAGAAGUCACCCCCAGCAGAGAGGCACAGUCUCUGUUUAUCGUCUCCACCUAAACCCCUUGGCAGCUACGCUCUCCUCUCCCACUAGCUCCCCCAUUCGCUGUACAUCCACCUGCAGAGCAAGAAGGUGGCUUUCAGCAAGUAGCAGCUUUUUAGGUGCAAAUGGCUUUUUUGGUGUUCUGAGUCUCACUGGAGUCAAUAGGGCUCUGCCUGUUGAUGCCAAGACUAUUCCAUGAAAUUCUGUAAUUGAUCAGAAGCAGUGUUCAGACAUUAUACAGAUAAAUACCAUUGAGUUUAGCAUAGGGCCUCCUUUCACUCUGCCAAAAAUAUAGUCGCACUAUUUCCUUUUUGAAUACCAAAAAUAUUUCUCAAAGUUUCAUAGAAUCAUAGUCUUUAAGGUCAGAAGGGACCAUUAUGAUUGGUGCAGGCCCCAGAAUCUCACUCACCCACUCCUGUAUCAAACCCCUAACCUAUGUCUGAGCUAUAGAAGUCCUCAAAUUGUGGUUUAAGGACUUCAAGGUGCAGAGAAUCCUCCAGCAAGUGGCCCGUGCACCAUGCUGCAGAAGAAGGCGAAAAACUCCCAGGGCCUCUGCCAAUCUGCCCUGGAUGAAAAUUCCUUCCUGACCCCAAAUAUGGCAAUCAGCUAAACCCUGAGCAUGUGGGCAAGGCUCACCAGCCAGAUACCCAGGAAAGAAUUCUCUAUAGUAACUCAGAUCCCACCCCAUCUAACAUCCCAUCGCAGGCCAUUGGGCAUAUUUACCUGCUAAUAAUCAAAGAUCAAUUAAUUGCCAAAAUUAGGCUAUCCCAUCAUACCAUCCCCUCCGUAAACUUAUCAAGCUCAAUUUUAAAACCAGAUAUGUCUUUUGCCCUUACCGCUCCCCUUGCAAGGCUGUUCCAGAACUUCACUCCUGUAGUGGUUAGAAACCUUCAUCUCAUUUCAAGUCUAAACUUCCUGAUGGCCAGUUUAUAUCCAUUUGUUCUUGUUUCCACAUUGGUACUGAUCUUAAAUAAUUUCUCUCCAACACGUGGCACAUGCAAACUACUGUACCUGAUUGUGUGGGUGAAAAGCUUUGAGUGUUCAGUGUGGCCACCCCAAAUCUAUGCUCAUAUCUUUUAUGCCAUGUCCACUUUCAUUUAUUAAAGAGCUUUGUGAAGUUUACAUAUGUGAAAAAUCCCUUUGCAUGCCAAUGUUCCCUUCCACUAGCAGUAACACAGCACAGACCACCACAGCUGGUGGGAGCAGCUGCAGUGCUUGUAGCACAGUUUGCAAGACGGCUGGAGACAAUUAAGUGCUUCUAUUGCAACAAGGGCAGAUUUCUUUUUGCUUCUCUUUAUUCUUGUUCAUUUUCUUUGCUCUUUCAUUACAGAUCAGGCCAAGAGGGGGUAACAGCAAAAGCAGCAGCACUGAAAGACAGAUUUUAGUCCAGCAUUAUAGUAUAAAUAUUAUCCAAGUAAAUGUACUGACCAAAUCAGUUCAGACCAACUUGAUUAUUAAAUGAUUGUUUCCUCUCACCAUACUCAGUUUAGGCUCAUUUGUCUCAUGCCUGUAACUUAAUUGUCUGGCCCCUAUCACAUUCUUGACCAGCUUUCUCAUACCUUCAUGAUGGAGGUGUUCAAGGCUGCAGGGGACCUAUUGGCACUCAGGGGGCCGCCUUCACUCCUGAUAGGGUGAAGUCACUGGCACUGAUCCCAGGCCUCAUAUAUUCUGUGGGCAAGCUGGCAAUGAUGUCCACCAUGAGGCCAUCACCAUUACAUCAACCCCUGGCACCAGAGGUUUCUGUGAGGAAACCCCUCUGGUGCCCAAGCUGGCACCAAUCCCCGGCACCAAGAGGCUCAGCUCCUCCCUGGUCAUCACAAUCAGAGACCUCAGAGUCAGGAGUCCUCUCACUCUAGCAGGAGCAGAAGAUCCCGCUCCCGCUGCGACAGUCAUCCCUAUGUGGCACCCUGGCAGCACCAGUGGCCCUUCUGGACACCCUGGGCCUAUCCUCAAAGCCAGGACUCCAGAUUCGCAUCGGUGGUCUCAAUCUGGGGUGCUCUGACAACAGCGCCGGCUGCUGCACCAUCCUCAGCACCAACCCUGGUGUCAACCGCAGCUCCAGUCCCUGUGUCUACUGCAGCACAGAACUGACCGCGGCACCAUUUGUCCUUGCCCUGCAGGACCCCAGGGGGCUGAGGGCAGUGAUCAGACCCCAGAACCAGCCACUUCUCAUCCUCUUCGUGGCUGGGUGAGGCAGUGGUGGCCACCUCACCCACUCUAGCCUUAGAGGAUGCUAGCGUCCUUCAGCAGCUGCUGAGACAGGUGGCCCAGAACCUAAAUAUCAAAAUGGAGGUGGUGCUGGAGGAAGCUGACCCAAUGGUUGAUAUUCUCUACCUGCCCGGGCCAUCCCGUAUUGCGCUGCUGCUGAUCAAAAUGGUUUAGUGAUGCCACCAAGACACUGUGGGAGACCCCAUCCUCGCUGCUGCCUAUUGCGAAAAGAUAUGAGAGGAGGUACUUUGGUCCUUUGCGAGGGUAUGAAUAUUUGUACAUCCACCCCCAGCCGGACUCCCUGGUAGUGGAUGCUGCUAACCAGUAUGAUUGACAGAGCUACCAGGGGCCCUCUCCCAAGAAUGACGAGGCCAAGAAAGUGGACCUUUUGGGGAGAAAUAAAAAUACUCAACUGGGAGUUUGCAGCUACGGAUCGCUCACCAUCAGGCUGUGGUUAGCAGAUACAAUUGUAACACCUGUGGGGCUAUGCAAAAGUUCACUGAACUUCUGUGGUCUGACUCUCGUGCAGAGUUCUUUGCACUAGUAGAGGAGGGCAAAUUCAUCUCCCGUGUGUCCCUGCAAGCGGCCUUGGACGCAGCCUCCCACACGAUGGCUACUGGGGUGGCCAUGAGAAGGAGUUCUUGGCUGCAGGUCUUGGGCCUACCAUUCAAGGUGCAGCAGAUGAUUCAGGAUCUCCCCUUUGAAGGUCAAUUCCUGUUUUCAGAAAAAACUGACUCGCGUUUGCACAGCAUCAAGGACUCUUGGGCCACCCUGAAGUCCUUGGGCCUUCACACGCCUGUGACCCAGAGGAGGCACUUCAGACCUCCCCCACCCUUGAGGAAUUAUCAGCCUCAGCUGAGGCAGACAGAAGGAGUUACAUAGGAGGAACAGGAACUCGAGAAAGAGACCUCAUCCUUCCUCCAGCCAGGAUUCUGGCCAGUUGAAAUCUUCCUCAGGCCAGAGGCAGGCCUUUGAAGGUGCGCUUGGGGGCGACACACUAGCUCAGAGACUAGAUCCUCCCCACCUUACUUUUUCGUCCCAUCUAUCUCCUUUCUACCCUGUGUGGGCCCGUAUUACAUUGGACCGUUGGGUGCUCCGCACAGUAGAAAGGAGAUAUUCACUCCAAUUCUCGGCUCUCCCACCCUUCCACCCUACUCCCCCGUCCCUCUUCAGGGACCCCUCUCAUGAGCAACUCAUUAUCCAGGAGGUGCAAUUGCUCCUUCAGCUGGAAGCAAUGGAAGAGGUUCCUCAGGGUUGCAGGGGCCUUUAGUUCCAGUAUUUCCUAAUACUAAAAGUCAAAGUGGAGCUAAGACCUAUUCUAGACCUGCACAAACUCAAUAAGUUCAUGAAGAAACUCAAGUUCUGCAUGGUCUCGCUGGCCUCCAUCAUCCCUUCCUUGGAUCCAGGGGAUUGGUAUGCCGCCCUUGACUUGAAGGACACUUACUUUCACAUAGCAAUAACUGUCCCACAGAAAAUACCUCAGGUUUGUGGUGAGCAAUAAACACUACCAGUUCACAGUUCUCCCAUUUGGUCAGUCAGCGGCGCCCCGUGUAUUCACAAGUGCAUGGCAGUUGUGGCCGUAUUCCUGCGCAGGUGACAAGUACAGUUGUUCCCGUACCUUGACGACUGGCUAAUCCAAGGCCGCUCCAGGGCUCUAGUAGAGGUGCAAGUCGAAUUCAUCAUGGCAACUUUCAACACACUGGGCCUUCUCCUGAAUGUGGGAAAGUCCACUCUGCCACCUGUUCAUCAGAUAGAGUUUAUAGGGGCAGUUCUGGAUUCGACCCAGGCCAGGGUGUACCAGUGGGAAUAGAGGUUCCAGGCCAUGGGCAACAUCAUUCAGCGUCUCAGACAGUUUCCCACCACCAUAGCACGAAAUUGCCUACGACUCCUGGGACACAUGGCUGUGUGUAUCUAUGUGGUGCAACACACCAGCUCAGACUUCAGCUGCUCCAAUCCUGGCUAGCCUCGGUGUAUCAGCUGGUUUGGGACAGUUUGGGCAGGGUCGUGAUUCUGCCUUCCCAUGUCCUUGUCCCACAGGUGGUGUGUGCUGGGGUUCCCUUCACUAGCCCGCAGCCAACUCUCUCACUGGUGACAGAUGCAUCAGACUUGGUCUGGGGGGCACACCUGGAAGACCUCAGAACACAAGGCCUCUGGUCGCAGGCAGCGCUGGCUUUCCACAUCUGUGUCAGAGCUCAGAGCAGUGCACCUAGCAUGCCAGACUUUCCGAGCCCACCUAACAGGCAAAUGUGUUUCAGUUAUGACAGACAACACCACGGCAAUUUUCAAUAUCCACAAACAGAGGGGUGCACACUCCUCUUCCCUGUGCCAGGAAGCCCUCAUGCUGUGGGACUUCUGUGUGGAGCAUUCGAUACACUUGCAAGCUUCAUACCUCCCUGGGUGCAGAAUGAGUUAGCAGACUACUUCAGCAGGUCAUUCCUAGACCAUGAGUGGCCCAUAUGCCCAGAUGUCACUAACUCCAUCUUCCAACAGUGGGGGUUUCCCCAGGUAGACCUCUUUGCCAUGCAACUCAGUUCUGCUCCUUCCAGAACCACAGUCUGAGCUCCAGAGUGGACACAUUCCUGUUACCAUGGGGAGAUCAUCUCCUGUACGCAUUCCCACCCAUCCUCAUUCACAAGGUGCUCUUCAAGAUACAGAGGGAAGAAGCUUUGGUGAUAUUGAUAGCUCCUGCCUGGCCCCACCAGAACUGGUACACAUCCCUCCUCAAGUUGUCUGUGGCAGUAGCACUCAUUCUGCCACUGGUCCUGGACCUGAUCAUAGAAUCAUAGAAUAUCAGGGUUGGAAGGAAUCUCAGGAGGUCAUCUAGUCCAACCCCCUGCUCAAAGCAGGGCCAAUCCCCAACUAAAUCAUCACGCAGGACCACUGCCGACUCCAGCACCUGAACCUAGAGUCGCUCCACCUCACGGCCUGGAUGCUUCAUGGCUAAACACCGUGGAGCUGUCCUGUUCAGACCCAGUUAGACAAGUCCUCCUUGGCAGUAGAACGCCCUCCACUAGGGCUACCUACCUGGCCAAGUGGAGGAGAUUUUCAAUCUGGAUGGUGCAGCAUCGUUCUUCCCCGACGCUCGCCACUUUCCCGCUUAUAUUGAACUACCUCCUUCAUCUUAAACAGCAGGGCCUGUCCAUGUUGUUAAUAAGAGUUCAUCUGGCUGCCAUUUCAGUAUUCCCUACAGGUGCAGAGGGACAGUCAGUCUUCGCCAACCCUAUGGUCAAUCAAUUUCUCAAAGGUCUUGACAGACUAUAUCCACACAUCAGGCAGCCGAUCCCACCUUGGGACCUUAACUUGGUUCUUUCCAAACUGAUGGGUCUGCCCUUUGAACUACUGGUGACAUGCUCCCCACUCUCUCUCGUACAAGGUGGUGUUUCUGAUAGAGAUAAACUCAGCCAGGAGGGUGUCUGAGCUCAAAGCCUUAAUAUCAGAUCCCCCCUACACUGUGUUCUACAAGGGCAAAGUUCAGCUCAGGCCUCACCUGGCUUUCCUCCCGAAGGUUGUCUCCCAAUUUCUAAUCAACCAGGACAUAUUCCUCCUAAGUUCUAUCCUAAGCCGCACUCGAGCAGUAGGGAGCAGAGGCUCCACUCACUGGAUGUCCGCAAAGCGCUAGCCUUUUACAUCGAGAGAAUGAAGCCAUUCCAAAAAUCCAUCCAACUAUUAAAGGCUGUGGCAGACAGAAUGAAAAGGUCUUCCUGUCUCUUCUCAGUGGAUUUCAUCAUGGAUCACAUCCUGCAUACGAGUGGUAUAACCUGGCAGGGGUGACUGCCUCUCCAAUUAUUGCGCAUUCAACCAGGACGCAGGCCUCCUCAGUGGUGUUUCUGGCACAGAUUCCUAUCCAGGAAAUUUGCAGAGCAUCGACAUGGUCCUCCAUACACACUUUCACCAUGCACUAUGCAAUCAUCCAGCAGGCCAGAGAUGACGCGGCCUUUGAUAGAGCAGUGCUCCAAUCAGUGUACAACUCCAACCCUGCUUCCUGAACUUGGCUUGGGAGUCACGUGACUGGAAUUGACAUGAACAAGCACUCAAAGAAGAAAAAUGGUUACUCACCUUCUCGUAACUGUUGUUCUUUGAGAUGUGCUGUUCAUGUCCAUUCGAAUACCCUCCCUCCUACCCCUCUGUUGGAGUAGCCGGCAAGAUGGAACUGAGUGGGGAUCAGGUCAGCAGGACCCUCUAUUGGGCACCAUGAGGCUGCAACUCCAGGGGGUGCCCAGGCUGACCCUACGGAUACUACUAAGGGAAAAUCUUCCAGCGCACCUGAUUGGAAUGGACAUGAACAACACAUCUCAAUGAACAGUUACGAGAAGGUGAGUAACCGUUUUAUCUAUUCUGCCGCACUUGUUAAGCUGGGUGCAAGCAAACAAUAUGCAUUUUACGAAGGCCACCUGUAAAGUUGUACAUCUAGAAAUAAAGAAUGUAGGCCUUAAGAUGUGGGGGCUCUAUCUUGGGAAGCAAUGACUCAAAGGGAUUUUGGGAUGUGGGGGGAAAGGAAAAUAAUCUGCUGAACAUGUAUUCCCAAUGCAACACUGUGGCCAAAAGAACUAAGGCAGUCCUUGAAUGCAUAAGCAGUGAAAUCUCUAGUAAGAGUACAGGAGUUAUUUUACCUCUGUAUUUGGCACUGGUGCAACUGCUGCUAGAAUACUGUGUAUGUAGAACUGGACACAAUUAAAGACAGGGGGUGAUAAAUUGGAGAGGAUUCAGAGAAGAGCCAUAAGAAUGAUUAAAAGAUUAGAAAACCUGCCUUAAAGUGGGAUUCAAGAAGCUCAAAGAGAAGGUUAAGGGAUGAUUUGAUUACCUAUCUAUAAGUACCCAUAGGGAACAAAUAAUUGAUAAUCACAGAAAUGUAGGACAGGAAGGGACCUCAGUAGGUAACCUAGUCCAGUCUCCUGCACUGAGGCAGGACUAAGGAUUAUCUACACUACCCCUGACAGGUAUUUGUCUAAUCUGUCCUUAAAAAUUUCCAAACCAGAGAUUCCACAACUAAGUCAUUAGUUCCAGAGCUUAAUUACCCUAACAGUCAGGAAGUUUUUCCUACUGUCUAACCAAAAUCUCCCUGGCUGUGAUUUUGCCCUGGUCUACACUACGUGUUUAGGUCGAAUUUAGCAUUGUUAGAUCGAUUUAACCCUGCACCCGUCCACACGACAAAGCCAUUUUUGUCGACUUAAAGGGCUCUUAAAAUCAAUUUCUGUACUCCUCUCCGACGAGGGGAUUAGUACUGAAAUCGACAUCACCGGGUCGAAUUUGGGGUAGUGUGGACGCAAUUUGACGGUAUUGGCCUCCAGGAGCUAUCCCAGAGUGCUCCAUUGUGACCACUCUGGACAGCACUUUCAACUCAGAUGCACUAGCCAGGUACACAGCAAAAGCCCCGGGAACUUUUGGAUUUCAUUUCCUGUUUGGCCAGUGUGGCUAGCUCAUUAGCACAGGUGACCAUGCAGUCCCCAAAAUUGCAAAAGAGCUCCAGCAUAGACCGAAUGGGAGGUACUGGAUCUGAUUGCUGUUUAGGGAGAUGAAUCCAUGCUAUCAGAACUCUGUUCCAAAAGAUGAAAUGCCAAAAUAUUUGAAAAAAUCUCCAAGGCAUGAUGUACAGAGGCUGAAACAGGGACCUGCAGCAGUGCCACGUGAAAAUUAAGGAGCUCAGGCAAGCCUACCAAAAAACCAAAGAGGCAAACGGCCGCUCCAGGUCAGAGCCCCAGAUAUGCCACCUCUAUGAUGAGCUGCAUGCAAUUCUAGCGGGGGGCCCUACCACUAUCACAUCACUGUCCAUGGACGCUGCAAGGGGGGAGUCUCAUGCAACAGGGAUGAGGCUUUUGGGGACGAGGAAGAUGAGGUGGAAGAGGAUAGCGCACAGCACGCAAGUGGAGAAACCAUUCUUCCCCACAGCCAGGAACUGUUUGUCACCCUGGAGCCAAUACCCUCCCAAGGCGGGCUCACGGAUCAUGAUGCUGGAGAAGGCACCUCUAGUGAGUGUACCUUUGUAAAUAUAAUGCAUGAUUUAAAAGCAAGCGUGUUUAAUGAUUAAUUUGCCCUGAAGAUUUGGGAUGAAUUCACAGCCAGUACAGUUCCUCCUUUUAAAUGGCCACCCCAACAGGUGCUUGGUAUGGGAAAGGAGGGCACUGCUGUUUGAAAUCAUUCCUAUAUGUUAUGAAGGUUGAAGAAGCUGAAAGACUGGCUUACCAGGGCUGCCUGCAAGCCGAAUUCUGUUGCCCGGCCCUGCAUGUGUGAUCUCUCAUACCAAACCAGCAGGCCCUCAAUAUAUGAGGCAAUAUGCAACCUUGUACCUAAAGCACAUGUGCUAUGUAAUGUUAACAGCUUGGUUCACCAUGAAAGAGUCUACCCAUUGUGUUCUAAAAUGUAUCUUUUUAAAUACUACUCUCCCUUUUUUUUCCUGCUGCAGCUGCAAGUGUUUCAGUGCUCCCCCCCCACAUUAUCUCCAUCCCAGAGGCUAGUGCAGAUAAGGUGAAAAAAACCCACACUUGCGAUGAAAUGUUCUCUGAGCUUAUGUAAUCCUCCUGCACUGAAAGAGCUCAGCAGAAUGCGCGGAGGCAAACAAUGUCAGAGUCCAGGAAAGCAGAAAAUGAACAUGAGGACAGGCGGGAUAAGCAAGAUGAGAGGUGACAGGAGUAAGAUGACAGGUAGCGGCAAUGUGAUGAGAGGAGGCAGGAUGCAAUGCUGAGGCUACUGGGGGAUCAAACUGAUACGCUCUGGCAUCUGGUGGAGCUGCAGAAAAGGCAGCAGGAGCACAGACUGCCGCUGCUGCCCCAAUGUAACCACCUGCCCUCCUCCCCAAGUUCCAUAGCCUCCUCACCCAGGAACACGGGGAGGGGCGGG